CUGACACGUCACAUGACAGUCACAUGACUGUGAAACGCAAACACGUAUUCCCCGCGUGUUCGUUUCAGUUUGAAGGUGAAGCAUCAGCGUGAGUGUCGGCCUUCUCAUCACAUUAGAAGAUGUCAGCCCUGUCCGCUGCCAGUGUCGAGUCUGCAGCUGUGACUCAGAGCACGGAGCAGAAGAAGCCACUGAAACCAUGCUGCGCUUGUCCGGAAACAAAGAAAGUCAGGGAUGCUUGCAUCAUUGAAAAGGGAGAGGAAAACUGCAGGGACCUAAUUGAGGCACACAAAGACUGCAUGAGGGCACUUGGGUUCAAGGUUUAGUUGUUUUCUGCGUGUGUGUGUGUGCUGCUGUGACUGGAAGAUGACCCUGGGUAUUUUUUUUUCUUCUCCCCCCCCCUACACUUCUUAUUUAUACUGCCACUAUAUGAAAAUUAUUUUUCCAAGUCUGCAGAAUUUGAGUACUUCUGGUGUGAAAUUGAAUAAAAAUCCUAUGCAAUAAGA